AUGCAAGCGAAGGAGGCUGCCAGCGGCAGGGGCCGUGCGCCACCAGGAGACAGGAAGACGCUGGAGGAGAGGAGAAAGGAGAGAAGGCUUUCGGCCGACCGCCGCAAGUCCGGUCCAAAGGCGACGGAUGUUGAAUCCAUGCGACAGGAUGGCAAGGCGGGGCGCAGGAGGCUCUCGGACAACCGCAGGAGGACCAGCAAAGGCAACAAGGCGGCCACCCUGCGCCGCGAACGGAGAUCCCUCCGCCCGCCCCUGGCGGGACACCCGGGCAUGGGACGGGCGUCUCUCCCAGCCCGAUUUGGCGCUCCGCCUGCUGCUGCUGCGGCUGCUGCUGCUGCCGAACCUGCAACGGCGAUGUCCCAGCAGGAUGUUGGGGUGGUAGUCAUGAACCUGGAUAAGGAAAGACAAGAGGAGGAGAAGAAGCCAGCAGAGGAGACGGGAGAGGGUGAUGACGCGCACUGGACGCCCGAGAUGGUGACGGAGGCUGCAAAGGUCAUCCUAGGGGGUGACCGGCAGGACCAAAUCAGGUAG